AUAUGUACAUAUUUACAUAGAUAUGUGUGACAUAUAUGUACGUGGGGCAUCUGCUUGUCGACCAUCAGUUGCCAUCAACGCCUGACAGCAAAAAGAGGUCUAGUGUGCUUACCAGCUGCGGCGCAGACUAAUACGAAAAUAUAAAUCGCACUGACAUUCGAAGGAAUCAAUUUUUCGGCAUUUUUUAGCAUUCGCGUUAAAUAUUACUUAAUUUUUAAUUUUACUUUGGUGCAAAAUAGUGCUAAGUAACUAAAAGUGAUGCUACGCUUGUUGCGAAGUAACGCGGCGCUGGUUUCAUCCAGCAAAUCACUAACAGCCGCUCUGAAUGGUGGAGUGGCGAAAUAUUCCAGUCAAGUGCCGGAACCGCAUGUUAAUCCUGAUGUCCUUUACACAGGGCUUUUCAUCAAUAACGAAUGGCACAAGAGUAAAAGUGGAAAAACAUUCCCUUCCAUUAAUCCAACUACAGAGAAACAGGUCGCUGAAAUUCAGUGCGCCGGCAAGGAAGAUGUAGACAUCGCUGUGCAGGCCGCACGCAAUGCUUUCAAAACCGGUUCACCAUGGCGCCGCAUGGAUGCCUCCGAUCGUGGUGUUUAUUUGAAUCGUUUGGCUGAUCUGAUUGAACGCGAUCGCGUCUACUUGGCGAGCUUGGAAACGUUGGACAACGGCAAACCCUAUGCGGUCGCCUACAAUGUAGAUGUGCCCCUCGCAAUUAAGAAUUUACGCUAUUUUGCCGGCUGGGCUGAUAAGAAUCAUGGCAAGACCAUACCCAUGGACGGCGAUUUCUUUGCUUACACACGUCACGAACCUGUUGGUGUGUGCGCCCAAAUCAUUCCAUGGAACUUCCCGAUUGUCAUGUUGUCCAUGAAAUUGGCACCAGCGCUGGCCACUGGCAAUACCAUUGUACUAAAGCCCGCUGAACAGACUAGCUUAACUGCACUCUACAUUGCUGAGUUGAUAAAAGAAGCUGGCUUCCCAGAAGGUGUAGUUAAUGUGCUGCCUGGCUUCGGCGAUGCUGGCGCCGCUUUGGCCAAUCACCUCGAUGUCGAUAAAGUUGCAUUUACCGGUUCCACUGAAGUGGGCAAACUCAUACAGCAAGCCUCUGGUCACAGCAAUUUAAAGCGUGUUACUUUAGAAUUGGGCGGCAAGAGCCCGAACAUUGUUUUGGCCGAUACUGAUAUGGAUUUCGCUGUGGAGUCUGCGCACUUUGGGCUCUUUUUCAACAUGGGACAGACUUGUUGCGCUGGUUCGCGUACUUUUGUAGAAGAUAGAAUCUACGAUGAAUUCGUUGAACGCAGCGCUGAGCGUGCCAAGAAGCGUACGCUUGGCAACCCUUUUGAAUUACAUGUCGAACAAGGGCCGCAGGUUGAUCAAGUGCAGCAAGAACGUAUACUUGGCAUGAUUGAGGAGGGCAAAAAGCAAGGCGCCAAGCUAGUAGCAGGCGGCAAUCGUCCCAACCAUCUGCCCGGCUAUUUCGUAGAACCCACUGUAUUCGCUGAUGUGCACGAUCACAUGACAAUCGCGAGAGAAGAGAUUUUCGGUCCUGUGCAACAGCUCAUUCGCUUCAAGACUUUGGAUGAGGUGAUUGAGCGUGCCAACAACUCCGACUACGGCUUGGCGGCGGCUGUCUUCACACGCGACAUCGAUAAGGCCAAUUAUGUGGUGCAGGGUUUGCGUGCUGGCACAGUCUGGGUGAAUACAUAUAAUGCUUUGGCCGCGCAAGCGCCUUUCGGUGGCUACAAGAUGUCCGGUCAUGGACGGGAAAAUGGUGAAUAUGCGUUGCAGAACUACACCGAGGUGAAGAGUGUGAUUGUCAAGAUCUCGCAAAAGAACUCGUAAAAGGCAUUAGACGUGAAAGGAGAGUGAAUUGCGAACAGAUUGCUACAUAUACCUGGGUGUGUCCUGAUUUUUUUGUGAAUUUUUUACAUUCAAAUGUACAUAUUUACAUAGGUUUAAAUUGUGAGAUUAAUUGGUAUGCUAGUAUUGCUAUAUAUUAUAAAAUAAAAUUAAUAUUGCGUUCCUUAUUUAAUGAUACCCGACAUUCAUAACACGCUUUCUAAACCUCAUUUGAGGAAUAAAGUUCUUUUAAAUCUUAAGUUCUAUCGCAACGCUACGUUAUACCUAAAGAUCACAAAAAAACGGAAAGCGGCUUUAAAGUUUUUAGUUAGGUUUUUACCUCGAACAAAAACAAA